AUGACGUCACCGACUUCGACGAAUUACUUCACGCGGGCGAUGGAGCUGACGCACAUGUACCUCCCGGACGUGACGCAGCAGGCGCGGUUAGAGGCGGAGCAGUACCUCAUGGCGCUCCGCGACGCCGCGGACGGACUGAAUUUGUCCUUUCACAUUAUCAGCAACGAGCCGGUGCACGACCUCCGCUGCUUUUGGGCCUUUAACACCAUUAUGCACCACCUGCCGCGCCUCGCGUGCAGCAUCAACGACGCCCAGGCGGAGGAGCUCUACCGCACCCUUUUCUCGUUCAUCUACCGCUACUUGUUUUCCUCCUCCACCGUGCAGCGGCAGCCGAUGGACUUUCUUACCAACAAGCACGCACAGAUGAUGGUGGUGGGGCUGCAGGAAUUUUUUCCAUCGCGCUGGACCUCGUUUUUUGACGACGCCUUUGAGCUUCUUGACCGUCGUGACAUUCUGCCGCAUGCAAGUGAUGCGGCGACGGUGUAUGUGCUGCGGCUAUUUGAGUACAUUGAUGAGCGUGUGGUUUCAGUGCGGGCGCAGACGGACCGGUGUCGUGAAUUACGGGUGCGGGAUAUGGAGCUGAAGGAUGCGAUGCGUGAGCACGUCAUGCCACGUGCGGUGGCGACGUGGUACGCCAUACUCUGCGAUUGUCGUAUUCGGGCACCUGAGAUUGCCAAUAUUUGUUUGACGGUUGCGCAGACGUACAUUGAGUGGGUUGAUUUUUCCCUCUUCCUCACCGCCGAGUGGAUUAACUUGCUGUACUUUCUAGUCACAGCUCCUGCCGUGCGGUGUGCCGCGUGCGAGUGCCUCUUUAGUCUUGUGGAGAAGAAACAACUUCCGGUGGUAAAGCUGGACGCGCUGUGCACGCUCAACAUUGUUGACGCCCUGUCGCGCAUCAUUAGCCUGCUGCAGGUGCCCCCAGAGACGGAGGAGGAUGUGAACUUUCUCGAGGUUGUGUCACGGCUUACCCGGGCGGUUGCGGAGCAGUUUUUAUACCUCUUUGAACACGUCUCCGUCGCCGCCCCCGCUGCUGAGAAGAAGGGUAGUGGCAGCAGUGGCAGUGGCAGUGGCAGUGGCGAUGGCGGCGGCCACGUUGACAAGGUGGAAACACCGCCGCAAUCUGAUGGGGCCCUGUCAGUGGAUUGCAUUGAUAAUAUACGGGCGGCACUGGACACAAUUCUGUCGCAGCUGCUGCGCUUGCUGAGCAUUAACCACAGUGAUGUGAGCAGCGCCCUCCUGCCGUUUGUGCAGAACUACAUCAAAUCCCCUGCGCUGCGCGAGACGCAGGCGGCGGAGAUCCUGCUCAGGCUGUACAGUCACAGCCUUAUUCAAGGGCUGGCGGAGGCGGAGGAUCAAAUCUGGCUGGAUGACGUUAUUGAUCAACGCAAGCAACUUCACAACCUUAUUCGCCUCCUCUUCCGGCGCUACCCAGCCAUCGUGCUGCAGCAUUUGCGGGUGUGUAUUGCGCAGGCGGCCGCCCCCGGUGGUGGAGAACAAGGUUUGAAUGGCACAGUGGGCUCCGGUAACGGUGAAGACUACCAGGACAACUCUCAGCGUGGCGAGCACGCUUCUCGUGGAGGUGAGUGUGGGGUAAAUAACUCAGGUGCCGAGGGGAUUGAGGCGGCACUGCGUUACUUGUAUGAACUCGGGGAGUCGGUUCGCAUGGAAAAGCUGCAAGAUGUUGAAAAUGAGUUUUCCCAGAUUGUUAGCGUCGUUUUAGCUUCUGAAGGCAUUGCCCAGUGCCCGUGCGCCGUGGUUCAUCUCAGCUACUUUGAGGUUAUGGAUCGCUACUACACCUUCUUCAUUUACCACAAGGAGUGGAUUCCACUGCUUUUACAUCGCCUUCUCCUGCUUCCAAACGGUGUCACCAAUCGGCAUCCCCGUGUCCGCGCGCGGGUCUGCUACCUCUUUGGACACCUUGUGCAGCUGCUCAAAACAAAUCUGCCGCCACACAGGAAGGAUAUUGUCAACGCCAUGCAGAAUAUAUUUGCCUCCAGUAUGUUGCAGCCGAGCGACCGUCGGGAGUUGUACGAGGCUGUGGGAAACUUGCUGAGUGUUAACUCACCCACAUUGACAGGUGCGGUGGAUGAGGAUGCGAUGAUUGUGCGUAUCAUAGAAACGAUGCUACAGGGCCUGCGUGGCGUGGCGUCCCCUGCGUCUCCCCAUCGUGUAAGUGCCGGGGAAGCCGCAUGCUCCGAGGCGGUGGCGGAUAACAUUUCCUUUUUAACCGCGUUAGCCAAGGGGCUUAGAGCUAGCAGUGGAGGUGGUGGGGAUACGACCAGUCAGCACAGUGGUCACAGUGGGACGACUGUGGAUACGUUGACGGUAAAGAUAUUCCAUAGCACUACAUACGAUGUGAUGAAUGCUGUGAGUAUGUGGCACACAUCCGCAGCAGUUCGGGACCGGGCGGCGCAUUACUUCACUCAAAUGAUACACAUUUUGCCGUUUGAGUUCAUAGAGGCCUAUUUCACUGCCUAUGCUGCGAACUGGCUGACGUGGAUGGAGGCCGUGCCAGAGCUGACGAAGCUGCUGCGUUUGCUCUUGCAGUUUGUUCACCGCAGCGGCGGCCAGGCCAUGGCUCUGCUGUCCCGCACACUGCCACUUGCGCUUAACAAAGUGGCAUCUGUUGGGGAGUUGACGAUGUCAUCCGAGGAGAUGGGAAUUGUGUCGGAGAGCACCCGAGAGAAGCGUGGGGCGUACCGCCAACUGUUUGCUCUUCUCCAGGGUGCGGCGCAGGCUGGGUGCGUCUCUCUGAUAGUAUCGCUCCCUCCUGCUGACCUCAUCCCGCUGCUCACACAGUUGUUGGCGGCGGUGCAGCUUUCCGGUGAGACGGAGCUGCCCAAGCUGGCUUUGCAGAUCACGACAGCCAUCACCUCCGCGGGGUGGGAGGAGGAAGGGGCGGCGCACCACGACACGGGCCAUGACGGGGAUGAAAGGCUAAAUAACAAUAAUAGCAAUCGUAGCACUACUAACCCCGUCCGCAAGGGAGAAACGAAUGUGUGCGACGAUAGUGGUGAAGCUUGGCUCUCGUUCGUCUUGAACGAGGUUGUACCGGCGAUCCUACAUCGUUUUCUGCUCCCUGCCUUUGAUGUGAGAGACGCGAAGAACUUCCUACUUAUUGGUGAAGCCGGGUUGCUGCUGAAGGCGUUGAUGAAUCGCUUAGGAUCAGUCGACUCAUCCCUUUGUGUACUUCUUUACAACGUACUGCAGCCGUUGGUGGGGGAGGAGGAGGCCACAGGGCUUGUAACGGCUCUCCAGAAGGAACCACGCUUUUCAACAGAGAUGAAAAUGCGACUUCGCAACUUGUUACAGACGGUGAAGGAGCGUCAAGCAGCGGGAGGUGUCAUGACAUAA